AUGAAGUUCACUACCGUCUUCGCCCUUGUCGCCUGCAUUGCUGGUGUCGUCAGCGCCUCCGACAACGUUCUCGAAAAGAAGUCCUGCACUCCCAGCUCCUGCCUGUGCAACGGAAUCCAGGGACAGUUCUGUGGUGACGAGAGCAUCAACUCCGCCUGCAAGAAUGGGCGCGUUUACGAAUGUGCUAGAGGAACUGGCAAGGCCUGUGAUUACGGCCGCAGGGAUUCUUGCCGUAAAUGCGGCAAGCUUAGCUGCUAA